AAUAGCUAGUCCAGUCAUCAUGCCAUCUCAUGAUCUGACUUUGUAGCAGUUAAGUUAGCUGGUAGUUAGGGUUUCUCUGUUUUAGAUCACACCUACGUUUUGCAAUGUCUUCUAUCCUGGAUGAAUACGAAGACUCGCAGAGCAUCAGGCACCCUGUGCAACACAGUAGCCGCCUGUCUGCUGCCAACAUCGGCAUAACACACUCAGGUACUGAGGCGAGGCUACGGGCCUUUCAAAUGGGUCUGUUUAUGAUAAGGCUCUAUUGUUUGGACUAUCUUUAUUGUUGAAUUUAUGCACCGAAUUACUUUAAUAUAGCUAGUAGAAUUAUUAUAUGUAUUAAUGUUCCGCUUGAUACCGAUUUGAUAAUAUGGAAUCGAUGUUGGCAAUUAUGUAGCGCAUUCAUAAACGCUAGCUAGCGAACUACCUUUAGUGCGUAUUGACGAAAGUAUCUUCUGACCUAGCCCUUGACCAUGACUCUCAGUUCCAUUACUUUACACAUAAGAGUCAUUGGACGAAGGCGUCUUCUGUACGAGGGAGUUUGGUUAAAGGGUUAUUUAUAUCUGCGUCUCUGAACACCGGUGUGUAAAUGGAAGACGGAUGCCACAAACGUGUUGCCACUGAAAAUUACUGGCUGCAACUGUGUUAAACCCUAUUAAAACAGUGUAGAGUAAGUGUAUAUUUUGCAUUUGUAAAAUAAUUUUGAUGUGAUAUGAAAGCAGAGGGCUUUAUGUUUCUAGAACCAUACCGGAAUUGAGAAUCGAUUGAUGUUUAGAUGGAGUAUUUGGCUGUUUUGGCUGCCAGAGCCAAUUCGCCUCUAAACAGAACAUGUAAGGUCCUUGGACUAUAAGGAGUAAUGUUAGCCUCAUUUAGGCCAUUAUUGGGCUAGCGAUGAUGAUUGACAUAAGUGACAAUAUUAAUAGUUGCUUCUGAUUCUUUGCAGGGUUUGUGAAUGUGAGACUAGAAGAGGAGAAACCGAUAUUCAACAAACAGAGGAUUGAUUUCUCACCCCCAGAGAAAAUCAACCACUUCGCUGUCUGCAACAAUCAGCUAUGCAUGAGUUUAGGGAAGGACACUCUUCUGAGGUAGGGGACACUUUUAUCUGCAACAUCCCCCCCCCCCCCCUAGUGAUCCAGUGUUUUCAUGGUGUUGUGAAUAGCCCUGUCCAAUGUUCCCUCUAAGCUGUGUGUGUGUGUGUGUGUGUGAGGAAGUCCUGGCUCUAGGACUGCCACGCAGAAGAAAUACCUGCCCGCGCAGAGAGACGCACAAGUUUGAACUUCACUGAGUUCACCCUGUUAGUUUACACUAUAUUUAUAUCAACAUUUUCCUCUGUGGGACUUGUGAUUGAAUCAACAUAGUAUCACCCCCCCCCCCUUUGAAUGCAAACAAAUCUAACAUUGCAAGAUUGAGUUAGUGAUUUUGUUGUGGACAUUGCGCAUCCAGAGAGGUUAAGCGAGAGGCCAAAAUCUGUAUAAAAUAAGCCCAAUGCAUUUCUAUGGGCUUAUUUUGGACCUAAGCUUGUCGCCUGCCUUCACGCCUUUGGGACAACAACUUCCAUUGUUAGGGCGAAGACAUGAGCAACUCAUUAUAGACAGAUGUCUGGCGCAUCGGAGGAGAAUUCUGACCGGUAGCCUACAAGUGGUGUUUUUCCGGUCGUGGGUGGAUGCGUUUAUCAGCUCAGAGCGCAUAGUGACGUGUGCACGUUUGUUGAUAUUCUUUGCAAGUUAUUAGCCCAGAUAUAUAGUGAAUUAUUAGUUAGCAAUGGGAGAGUGAUUGCGUCCUAAAAGAGGACAAAACUGGUAGGCCUACAUUUCUAGCUGUUUUUGAAAAAUGAGUCUGGUAAAUAGCUGGUUUAUGUCUUAAAGUGGCAGUGUUGUAUUUUGAGAGGCUGGAAUUUGGAAAGAAGCCAUCAUGCAGAGAGAGGGUGGCCUACAUUUCUGUCUAAUUGACUGUAUGGUGAUAAUAAUUGAUUUUAUUUUAUAAAUUGGUUUCUUGCAUCAUACAACACAAUAAAAUGCUAUUUUCAGUCACCUAUUUGGCCUAUGGUGUUACAGACCAGUAAAACAUCAGUCCUACUUGUGUAAGUGGCUAAAAAGGUUAAUGUCAAGCCUCACAUGUUUUUAGAAAGUUUCAUGCCAGCAACAAACACUGACACUACACAUCCAAGUAUAUCUGAACAAAUUAUGAAAGGCAAGAAUUGUAAUUUUGAAUUCAGUAAAGUGAGCGUGGAAGAGGUGAAAAGAUUGUCUAUCAACAAUGACAAGCCACCGGGGUCUGACAACUUUGAUGGAAAAUUACUCCGGAUAAUAGCAGACGAUAUUGCCACUCCUAUUUGCCAUAUCUUCAAUUUAAGCCUACUAGAAAGUGUGAGCCCUCAGGCCUGGAGGGAAGCAAAAGUCAUUCCGCUACCUAAGAAUAGUAAAGCCCCCUUUACUGGCUCAAAUAGCCGACCAAUCUGCCUGUUACCAACCCUUAGUAAAGUUUUAGAUUUUUUUUUGACCAGAUACAAUGCUAUUUUACAGUAAACAUAUUGACAACAGACUUUCAGCACGCUUAUAGGGAAGGACAUUCAACAAGCACAGCACGUACACAAAUGACUGAUGAUUGGCUGAGAGAAAUUGAUGAUGAAAAGUUUGUGGGGGCUGUUUUGUUAGACUUCAGGUUAUGGCAUUAAACCCCCUGCUAUAUUGUGGAUAAAGAGUUACCCGUCUAACAGAACACAGAGGGUGUUCUUUAAUGGAAGCAUCUCCAACAUAAUCCAGGUAGAAUCAGGAAUUCCCCAGGGCAGCUGUCUAGGCCCCUUACUUUUUUCAAUCUUUACUAACUACAUGCCACUGGAUUUGAGUAAAGCCAGUGUGUCUAUGUAUGCGGAUGACUCAACACUAUACACGUCAGCUACUACAGCAACUGAAAUGACUGCAACACUUAACAAAGAGCUGCAGUUAGUUUCAGAAUGGGUGGCAAGGAAUAAGUUAGUCCUACAUAUUUCAAAAACUAAAAGCAAUGUAUUGGAACAAAUAAUUCACUAAACCCUAAAUCUCAACUAAAUCUUGUAAUAAAGUAUGUGGAAAUUGAGCAAGUUAAGGUGACUAAACUGCUUGGAGUAACCCUGGAUUGCAAACUGUCAUGGUCAAAACAUAUUGAUACAACAGUAGCUAGGAUGGGGAGAAGUCUGUCUAUAAUAAAGCGCUGCAUUCUUAACAGCACUAUCAACAAGGCAGGUCCUACAGGCUCUAGUUUUGUCGCACCUGGACUACUGUUCAGUCGUGUGGUCAGGUGCCACAAAGAGGGACUUAGGAAAAUUGCAAUUGGCUCAGAACAGGGCAGCACGGCUGGCCCUUGGAUGUACACAGAGAGCAUGUCAAUCUCUCCUGGCUCAAAGUAAAGGAGAGAUUGACUUCAUCACUACUUGUAUUUGUGAGAGGUAUUGACAUGUUGAAGGUACCGAGCUGUCUGUUUAAACGACUAGCACACAGCUCAGACACCCAUGCAUACCCCACAAGACAUCUCACCAGAGGUCUCUUCACAGUCCCCAAGUCCAGAACAGACUAUGUGAGGCGUACAGUACUACAUAGAGCCAUGACUACAUGGAACUCUAUUCCACAUCAGGUAACUGAUGCAAGCAGUAGAAUCAGAUUUUUAAAAAACAGAUAAAAAUACACCUUAUGGAACAGCGGGGACUGUGAAGCAACACAAACAUGCAUACACACACAUGAUAACAUACGCACUAUACACACCCAUACACAUGGAUUUUGUGUUGUACAUAUGUGGUAGUGGGGUAUGGGCCUGAGGGCACACACUUAGUGUGUUGUGAAUUAUGUUAUGAAUGUUUUAAAAAUGGUAUAACUGCCUUAAUUUUGCCGGACCCCAGGAAGAGUAGCUGCUGCCAUGGCAGCAGCUAAUGGGGAUCCAUAAUAAAUACAAAUACCUGCAUUGAACACCAUAUAUAGGCUAUUGUACGCUAUGUCAUAGAAAUAAAUAGGCUCUAUUGGUUUUGAUGAUAGGCCACUCUUAUAGGCCUACAUUAUGCUCAAAUAUCCACAGUAGCCUACUUGGCCACACCAUAAAACUGUUACUUCAGUGUUCACAGUAAACAUACGCUGGAAGUUGCACAGAAUACUCACACGUUUCUGUUCACAAGACGUGAAAUUUGCUCAGUGCCUAAUUUUUUUGAAGGAACAUUGGCCCUGUCACUCAUGCCUAUCUGUGUGAGAAGAACCGAACGUGUGAAUGGUGCAGUUUGUAUCUCGAUGUGAUCGCUAAGUGAUUGGAUUAAAGGGUUAAGGGUUGAUCAUGUCAGUCAUUCAGGGUGAUCGGUAAAGGAUUAUCAUGGUGUUGAUUUGAGUGCCUACUGUGAAACAUUGGAUUGGUAUAAUGAUGAUGAUAAUGUCAUGACUGUCCACGAGAAUCCAAAUAGGUCAGAUCAGGUGUGCAAUGAAUAACUUCAAUCAGACCCCCUCUCACCCGUAGAGGGGGGUUAACAGCUCACGCCCGGUCGUAAAUCAAGGGAGAAGGCCCAUGCUCUCCUUCUCAAGAUCCCCUAAGGAAUGUAUUUUUUUAACCGACUUUUUCCCACUGAAACUUUAACACGUUCAAAAGCAAGUACUGGAACAAUAUUUCCAACAUAGAACGUGUGGAAUGGUCGGAGGCAAUCUACAUAACACUAAUGUUAUUUUGUGAUGUCAUUACAAAUGUUAUAAAGGAAAUACUGUAACUUAUACAGGAAAGUAUACCCACUACAUGUAGGAAGUUUCCAUCCUAUACGUUGUGCAUGUAAUAUGAAAAAUGAUUAAAGUAUUUUUGUUAAGAGAGGGAUUUGAGAACGCUAUAAGAGAGAAUUGUUUUCCAUAAGCUUUGCACAGUAAGUAGUCACGCCCCCGAGUGAGGUCAGAGAGCGUGUCAGCCUGACGGAACCGGCCCUUUCGAGCAGAGUGUAUAAAAGGAUGGGUUACGAAUUAACAUAUGAGACCAGAAAGACGUCGAGCUGCAGCUCACGUUCAAAGUGGUUCAAACCCAGAAUCUCAACACGAGGUAGAGAAGAAAACUCCCCUACCGGACAAUCACUGGUACGGCUGAUUAGCUGUCCUAAGUACCGUAUCUAGAAAAUAGAAUUUAAGUGGGACCAUUCUACUACUCUUUUCAAACCAUCCUAUUACGCUACUCUCAUCACCCCACUGGGGACCAUCGACACAGCUGGCUAGCCUAUCUUCAAAGACGCAACUUCAAGAGCGACGGGAAGAAAAAUCUAUUCUGUAGUUCUGUUCGGGACUACAUGACAAAGAUUAAAGACUGGACAAUUAAGAAGGACAUUGUGACCCCUUGUGGACAAUCAGAGCCUUACAAGCAUGCCGCAGAAAGGCCCAACCAACCCCUGUCCAAGAGGUAUACGAAUACAUUCAUGAUUUCUUACUCCAAAUGGGUGGCGGUUCGUGUGCAAAGUAUAUCAUUACUGUGAGAGUAGUUUCUAACUGUACCAAAGUAUUAUGUCCCUAUCCCUCUCUGCAUGUACCGUAUUGGUGUCUAAGAUGAGUGAACAUGACUUUAUAAAGGAGUUUAUGAAGUUUUCCUCUGUAUGUUGUUCCAGGAUUGACCUUGCCAAGCCCGACCAGCCCAACCAGAUAGAACUGGGGAGGAAGGAUGACAGCAGAGUACACAAGCUCUUCUUGGACCCCACAGGUGAGAACCAGCGAGCUCUUCUUUGACUCCACAGGUGAGAACCAGGGAGCUCUUCCUGGACCCCAGAAGUGAGAACCAGGGAGCUCUUCCUGGACUCCACAGGUGAGAACCAAGGAGCUCUUCUUGGACCCCACAGGUGAGAACCAGGGAGCUCUUCCUGGACCCCACAGGUGAGAACCAGGGAGCAGGAAAAUAAAGUAGAAUACCAGCACAGUACUCCCAGAGAUGGAAUGGUCCUCAUCAGGAUCCUCCAAUUCAUUCAUGUUUUACCUAAUUGUCGGAUGAGUAAUUGUGCUGACUGAUACGUUUUCCAUACUUAUCAGGUAAAUUAUCACCAGAGUUUGGCAUUUUUAUUCAUAGCUAAUUAAUGUGAGUAAUCAUCACACCAUUAUGGUUAAUCUAAUUAGUACCCCAAAUUAAUGACAGAAACGUCUGUACCAAUUCAAUUCCCGUACAUUUAUAAUUUGGUGUAUACUGAAAUAGGCUGAAUCUCAAACUGGAACACUUUGAUCACUCGAUAUGCAUGUUCACGAGUCAAUCUCAAACACUAGUUGUAGAGUCAUUGAGGACUCCACUGCGUCCUUCAGAGGCCUCUUUGUCGAGUGGGCAUCCUGUGCCGACUCCUUGCCCUUAGCAGCAAGUUCUUCCCAUGAAUCUCAGCGUGUUACCAAGCAACAACAUAGUUACUACAACUUUGCCCUAAAAAAUAGAAUAAAUGAAAAUAAAUCCGAAAUUUAUUUAGACGUUUUGGCCGAGGAGGUCUUAGUCGCGCAAUUGUACAUCAAGCUAAGGAGUUUAGUGCUUAAAGAAGUUGUAUUUCUGAAGUUUCAUAAUGCGCAUGAAAACCUGUCCAGCAUUAUCUUGCUAGCUCUAAGCCUGAGCCAGUCAUUUAUAUGAAGCAAAAGAGAUAACCAAACAGCUAAUGCAACACUAAAUGCAAUGCUCCUUCCAUAAGCAAUUUUUUGUUGUUGUGUUUUACCCCCUUUUUCUCCCCAAUUUUGAACUUGUCUCAACGCUGCAACUCCCCAACGGGCUCGGGAGAGUCGAAGGUUGAGUCAUGCGUUCUCCGAAACAUGACCCGCCAAACCGUGCUUUUUAACAUCCGCCCGCUUAACCCGGUAGCACCAAUGUGUCGGAGGAAACACCGUUCAACUGAUGACCGAAGUCAGCCUGCAGGCGCCCGGCCCGCCACAAGGAGUUGCUAGAGCGCGAUUAGCCAAGUAAAGCCCCGCCGGCCAAACCCUCCCCUAACCUGGACGACGCUGGGCCAAUUGUGCGCCGCCCUAUGGGACUCCCGGUCACUGCCGGUUGUGACAACCUGGGAUUGAACCCGGGUCUGUAGUGACGCCUCAAGCACUGCGAUGCGGUGCCUUAGACCGCUGCGCCAAUCAGGAGGCCUCAACAAGUUUCUUAUUAAUGAAGCAGCUGUCUGUUCUGAGUCAGUGCAGUAUCAAGCCAGCUGCUGAUGCACUUAGCUGAGGCCACCCAAAGUUACAACGUAGUGAAACUGAAAUACGGACUGACUGCUGCAAAAUAGUUUACGGCGGCAAUAAACCACUGAUAAUAUAUGUGUUACUGAUUAUUCCAUAGUAUUACAUCAGUCAUUACACAGUUCAAACACUGCUCUCUCCUCUCCUCCCCUGCAGGGUCCUACCUGGUGAUCUCUCAGUACCAGAUCUAACACUGCUCUCCCCUCUCCUACCCUGCAGGGUCCCCACCUGGUGAUCUCUCAGUACCAGAUCUAACACUGCUCUCCCCCUCUCCUCCCCUGCAGGGUCCCACUGGUGAUCUCUCAGUACCAGAUCUAACAACUGCUCUCCCCUCUCCUCCCAUGCAGGGUCCCCACUGGUGAUCUCUCAGUACACAGAUCUAACACCUGCUCUCCCCUCCCUCCCCUGCAGGGUCCCACCUGGUGAUCUCUCAGUACCAGAUCUAACACUGCCUCCCCCUCUCCUCCCCUGCAGGGUCCCACCUGGUGAUUUCUCUCAGUACCAGUGAGUGUCUGUAUCUGAACAGGAACACCCAGAAGGUGAGGUCUCUGUCCCGCUGGAGAGGACACCUCAUAGAGAGUCUAGGCUGGAACAAGCUACUGGGGACCGAGACCAACACUGGGCCCAUCCUAGUGGGAACCAGCCAGGGAAUCAUCUUCGAGGCUGAGAUCUCUGCUUCAGAGGGAAGCCUGUUUAACACCAACCCUGACCAGUACUUCAAACAGGUGAGAACACACACACACACACACACACACACACACACACACACACACACACACACAGUAGCUACUUCAAACAGGUCAGUGAUGGGAUAUGAAAAUAAACAUGAGUGACAAAAUACAGCAUCGCCCCAAGAUAAUGUUUUUUAGCUUGAACCCAUGGAAAGCCAUGCUAAUCAAACCUCUUUGACAUUCAAACUAAUUAAUCAAUGCUGAUUUAGUUACACUCCUUCAUGUGAACUUAUCCGCAGGCAGCAAGCUUUUGUUAACAGCUUUUUAUUACUGUAUUUGAUGUAGCAUUUAGAAAAUAUGUUUGCAAAACUAGUCCUUAUUAUAAUGAGUCAUGUAUGUGAUUGAAACACAGGUCCAUUCCCUGGAGGAGGAUGGGAAGCCAGCUCCAGUAUGCUGUAUGGAGGUGGAGCGAGGUCUGGAGUCUAAAGUCUUCAUCAUCGCCACCACCAGGAAGCGCCUGUUCCAGUUCGUAGGUCGCGUGGCAGAGGGGGUCAGAGCAGCAAGGCUUCAGCUCCAUCUUCUCACAGAACCAGGUCUGUUACAGCAGCUUCAUUAGACAACAGGGCUUGUAGCCCAAAUGGCAACCUAUUCACUAUAUAGUGCACUACUUUUGGUCAGAGCCUAAAGUAGUGCACUUGAUAGGAAAUAGAUGUGAAUAUGGCUCCAUUUCGGACGCAAACCAGAUAAAUGACUAUUUCACUUCAUACUAUACCUGUCCAUUUACACUUUAUGCACUUUUCUCACUUCUCUAAUCACCUCUAGCCACUAUGCCAUUUAUUGUUAUAACUUGUUUUAUAAACUGGGUGGUUCGAGCCCUGAAUGCUGAUUGGCUGACAGGCGUGGUAUAUCAGACCUUAUACCAUGGGUAUGACAAAAUAUUUAUUUUUUUACUGCGCUAAUUACAUUGGUAACCAGUUUAUAAUAGUGUAAAAUGUAAAAAAAAUGAUAAUAGCAAUAAGGCACCUCGGGGGUUUGUGGUAUAUGUCCAAUAUACCAUGGCUAAGGGCUGUGUCCAGGAACUCCGCGUUGCGUCGUGCAUAGGAACAGCCCUUAGCCGUGGUAUAUUGUCCAUAUACCACAGAGUGGUCUGGCCUUAUUGCUUAAAUAUAAAGCUGAUGCCCAGUUUCCAGAAGUAUAAUGAGUUAUCAUUUGUUAUAAGCAUGUAUAAGCCGUUAUAAUGUCUUAUAACAAUGCUUAUAAGAGGUUAUGCCUUUAUUACUACUAGGAGCUGCUGCCCAGCUUCCAGGAGUUUCCCUUUAACAUGGGCUACAGUGAGAUCACCUUCUACACUUCCAAGCUCAGGUCCUGCCCCAAGGCCUUCGCAUGGAUGAUGGGUAAUGGAGUUCUCUACGGUCAGCUGGACUACGUCAGGCUGGACUCACUGCUCAGUGAUGUGCAGGUACUGUUUUCUAUACUAUUAUAAAGUACUUUAUAUUUAGGAUAGUAUACUUUCAGGUUUGAUGUGCUGUAGAAGUAAGAUCCCCACAGGUGAUGUGUGUGUUCUGAAGGUCUAUUAAAUACAUUUUUUCAUUGGUCUUUCAAAAUCAAUUAUAUUGUACUCUUGAAAUUCAUAUUGCUGAUUUAACAAAAAAACAAUAAUACUUUCUUUCUCUCUCCAUCAGGUGUGGGAUUACACCCCAGACAUAGACUUUAGUUUCAACAAGCCCAUCUCCAUCGUGUUGACUCAGUUCCACUUUCUACUCCUCCUCCCUGACCGCGUCAAGGCCAUCUGCACCCUCAACGGACAGGUGGGCCUCUGACUCUGCUGCUGCGUAGGCCAGGUUACUGUAAAAGGUGUAGGCCAGGUUACUGUAAAAGGUGUAGGCCAGGUUACUGUAAAAGGUGUAGGCCAGGUUACUGUAAAAGGUGUAGGCCAGGUUACUGUAAAAGGUGUAGGCCAGGUUACUGUAAAAGGUGUAGGCCAGGUUUACUGUAAAAGGUGUGGCCAGGUUACUGUAAAAGUAAAAGGUGUAGACCAGGUUACUGUAAAAGGUGUAGGCCAGGUUACUGUAAAAGGUGUAGGCCAGGGUUACUGUAAAAGGUGUAGGCCAGGUUACUGUAAAAGGUGUAGGCCAGGUUACUGUAAAAGGUGUAGGCCAGGUUUACUGUAAAAGGUGUAGGCCAGGUUACUGUAAAAGGUGUAGGCCAGGUUACUGUAAAAGUGUAGGCCAGUUUACUGUAAAAGGUGUAGGCCAGGUUACUGUAAAGGUGUAGGCCAGGUUUACUGUAAAAGGUGUAGGCCAGGUUACUGUAAAAGGUGUUGGCCAGGUUACUGUAAAAGGUGUAGGCCAGGUUACUGUAAAAGGUGUAGGCCAGGUUACUGUAGGACAGGUUACUUUAAAAGGGGUGUAGGCCAGGUUACUGUAAAAGGUGUAUGCCAGGUUACUGUAAAAGCACUUUGUGACAACUGCUGAUGUAAAAAAUAGUGCACUAUUUUUGAUGAGAGCUCUGGUCAAAAGUAGUGCACUAUGAAGUAGUGCACUACUAUGAACUGUUCAACGUUGGUCUGACCAAUCGGAAUCUAGGGUUCAAGAUUGUUUUGAUCACAAGGACUGGGAUAUGUUCCGGGUUGCCUCUGUGAAUAGUAUUGACGUAUGCAUAGAGAAUGUUGUUCCCACUGUGAAGAUUAGAACUUAUCCAAACCAAAAACCGUGGACAGAUGGCAGUAUUAGAGCAAAACUGAAAGCGCGAACCACAGCAUUUAACCACGGCAGGGUGACUGGGAACAUGGACAUGUACAACCAGACCAGCUAUGACCUCCGUAAGGCAAUCGGAGGCAAAACGACCGUUCAGAAAAGUGGAGUCGCAAUUCACCAGCUCAGACACGAGACGUUUGUGGCAGAGACUCCAGACCAAUGUUCCCUCUAAGCUGCGGGCAUGCACAGCUCCCAUCGGACUGCCGUGCAGAAGAAAUAUCAGCCCGUGCAGAGAAGCACGAGAUUGAACUUCACUCAACUUUCUAGAGUUUUCCCCUUUAGUUAAACACUAUCAACGUUUCUCUCUACUGUGGGGAUUGUGCUCGAAUCAACGCAAUAUUAGCCACUUUCAAUGUAACAUACCGAAACAAAAUAAACUAUGCAAGACUUAAGUAUGCAAAGCUAACUGUGCAAGAGAUUUUCUUGUAGGCAGAGCGCAUUGGAGUAGGAUUCUAUUGCAAUGACAGACACGACUCAGGCCCAUACUGUACACAGACCGUUGCGCCAUAACCAAUCAGAGCUGCAGUAGGACUAUAUGCAAAUAGCCAUUGCCAUAUAUGGAUCUGUUCGAUUUACUUUGAACUGGACUGUGUUUACAGCAUGAGCAGUCGCAAGUAGAUGCACUUGUUUUUAGAUCAAAGCGAUAGCUGCAUGUAACCACCUGUGCACAUUUGUUCAUAUCCUUUGCUAGUUAGUGAGUUAUUAGCCCAGUUAUAGAUCAUUUCUAGUCAACAAUGGGGGAGUGGUUACUUCCUACAAGAGCACAAAAUGUGUGCAUUUCUAGAUAUCUUUGAAAAAGCAAGUCGGGUAAAGAGCUUUUUUUUUAUGUCUUAAAGGGGCAUUGUUGUAUUUUGAGACGGUCUUGAAGAAGCUAAGUAGCCAAUAGGCAGAGGGUAGCAUAAUUUGUCUGAUUCUCUGUAAUAAUGGUAUGAGAAUAAUAAUAAUUUUUAUUUUGUAAAGUGGGUUCUUGCAUCAAACAACACAACAUUUUCAGUCACCUCCUUGUCUGAAGGACAAGUGGAUAAACAGGUUAAUGUCAAGUCCUGAAUGUUGUUUUUCAAAAGUCUCAUGGAAUGUAGGCCUACAUUGAACACCACACAUUGGCUGCUACUGUAGGCUGAAUGAUAGAACUGCUAUUUCCAUGAUAAAACGUUAUGGGAUGCAUUUCUCUCCAUUGUUUUUGAUUGUAGGCCACUCCAGUAGGCCUACAUUAUGAUCAAAUAGCCACAGUAGCCUACUUGGCCACUGUUAAAACUGUAACUUAAAGCAGGUACAACCUGAGUGGGAACGGUCGUUAAGAUACUAACAGCUUACAGACGGUAGGCAAUUAAGGUCACAGUUAUGAAAACUUAGGACACUAAAGAGGCCUUUCUACUGACUCUGAAAAACACCAAAAGAAAGAUGCCCAGUGUCCCUGCUCAUCUGCGUGGACAUGCCUUAGGUAUGCUGCAAGGAGGCAUGAGGACUGCAGAUGUGGCCAGGGCAAUAAAUUGCAAUGUCCGUACUGUGAGACGCCUAAGACAGCGCUACAGGGGGACAGGACGGACAGCUGAUCGUCCCCGCAGUGGCAGACCACGUGUAACAAAACCUGCACAGGAUCGGUACAUCCGAACAUCACACCUGCGGGACAGAUACAGGAUGGCAACAACAACUGCCCGAGUUACACCAGGAACGCACAAUCCCUCCAUCAGUGCUCAGACCGUCCGCAAUAGGCUGAGAGAGGCUGGACUGAGGGUUUGUAGGCCUGUUGUAAGGCAGGUCCUCACCAGACAUCACCGGCAACAACGUCGCUUAUGGACCCAAACCCACCGUCGCUGGACCAGACAGGACUGGCAAAAAGUGCUCUUCACUGACGAGUCGUGGUUUUGUCUCCCUUGGGGUGAUGGUCGGAUUUGCGUUUAUCGUCGAAGGAAUGAGCGUUACACCGAGGCCUGUACUCUGGAGCGGGAUCGAUUUGGAGGUGGAGGGUCCGUCAUGGUCUGGGGCGGUGUGUCACAGCAUCAUCGGACUGAGCUUGUUGUCAUUGCAGGCAAUCUCAACGAUGUGCAUUACAGGGAAGACAUCCUCCUCCCUCAUGUGGUACCCUUCCUGCAGGCUCAUCCUGACAUGACCCUCCAGCAUGACAAUGCCACCAGCCAUACUGCUCAUUCUGCACGUGAUUUCAUGCAAGACAGGAAUGUCAGUGUUCUGCCAUUGCCAGCGAAGAGCCCGGAUCUCAAUCGUCCACGUCUGGGACCUGUUGGAUCGGUGGGUGAGGGCUAGGGCCAGGGCCAUUCCCUCCAGAAAUGCCUGGGAACUUGCAGGUGCCUUGGUGGAAGAGUAGGGUAACAUCUCACAGCAAGAACUGGCAAAUCUGGUGCAGUCCAUGAGGAGGAGAUGCACUGCAGUACUUAAUGCAGCUGGUGGACCACACCAGAUACUGACUGACUUUUGAUUUUGAUACCCCCCCCCCAUGUUCAGGGACACAUUAUUCAAUUUCUGUUAGUCACAUCUCUGUGAUUAUGUCUCAGUUGUUGAAUCUUGUUAUGUUCUUACAAAUAUUUACACAUGUUAAGUUUGCUGAAAAUCAACACAGUUGACAGUGAGAGGACGUUUCUUUUUUUGCUGAGUUUAUAUAUACACACACACAGUACCAGUCAAAGGUUUGGACACACCUACUCAUUCCAGGGUUUUUCUUUAUUUUUACUAUUUUCUACAUUGUAGAAUAAUAGUGAAGGCAUCAAGACUAUGAAAUAACACAUAUGGAGUAAUGUAGUAACCAACAAAGUGUUAUAUUUGAGAUUUUUCAAAGUAGCCACCCUUUGCCUUGAUGACAGCUUUGCACACUCUUCACGAGAUGCACACUCUUCCAGCUUCAUGAGAUUGUCACCUGGAAUGCAUUUCAAUUAACAGGUGUGCCUUGUUAAAAGUUAAUUUGUGGACUUUCUUUCCUUCUUAAUGCAUUUGAGCCAAUCAGUUGUGUUGUGACAAGGUAGGGGUGGUAUACAGAAGAAAGCCCUAUUUGGUGAAAGACCAAGUCCAUAUUAUGGCAAGAACAGCUCAAAUAAGCAAAGAGAAACGACAGUCCAUCAUUACUUUAAGACAUGAAGGUCAGUCAAUCCAGAACAUUUCCACGAACUUUGAACGUUUCUUCAAGUGCAGUCGCAAAAACCAUCAAGCGCUAUGAUUGAAACUGGCUCUCAUGAGGACCGCCACAGGAAAGGAAGACCCAGAGUUACCUCUGCUGCAGAGGAUACAUUCAUUAGAGUUAACUGCACCUCAGAUAGCAGCCCAAAUAUAUGCUUCACAGAGUUCAAUAAUAAUAAUAAUAAUAAUAAUAAUAAUAUGCCAUUUAGCAGACGCUUUUAUCCAAAGCGACUUAGUCAUGCGUGCAUACAUUAUUAUUUUUUUGUGUAUGGGUGGUCCCGGGGAUCGAACCCACUACCUUGGCGUUACAAGCGCCGUGCUCUUACCAGCUGAGCUACAGAGGACCACUCAGUUGACUCCUGAGUGGCGCAGUGGUCUAAGGCACUGCAUCGCAGUGCUAACUGUGCCACUAGAGAUCCUGGUUCGAAUCCAGGCUCUGUCGCAGCCGGCGUGUGGCGCGGCGUUGUGCGCCGCCCAUGAGUCUCCCGGUCGCAACCGACACAUCUCAACAUCAACUAUUCAGAGACUGUGUAAAUCAGGCCUUCAUGGUCGAAUUGCUGCAAGGAAACCACUACUAAAGGACACCAAUAAGAAGAAGAGACUUGCUUGGUCCAAGAAACACGAGCAAUGGACAUUAGACCGGUGGAAAUCUGUCCUUUUGGUCUUAUUAGUCUAAAUUUGAGAUUUCUGGUUCCAACUGCCGUGUCUUUGUGAGACGCAGAGUAGGUGAACGGAUGAUCUCCGCAUGUGUGGUUCCCACUGUGAAGCAUGGAGGAGGAGGUGUGAUGGUGUGGGGGUGCUUUGCUGGUGACACUGUCUGUGAUGAUUUAUUUCGAAUUCAAGGCACACUUAACCAGCAUGGCUACCACAGCAUUCUGCAGCGAUACGCCAUCCCAUCUGGUUUGCGCUUAGUGGGACUAUAAUUUGUUUUUCAACAGGACAAUAACCCAAAACACACCAGGCUGUGUAAGGGCUAUUUGACCAAGGAGAGUGAUGGAGUGCUGCAUCAGAUGACCUGGCCUCCACAAUCCCCCGACCUCAACCCAAUUGAGAUGGUUUGGGAUGAGUUGGACCGCAGAGUGAAGGAAAAGCAGCCAACAAGUGCUCAGCAUAUGUGGGAGCUCCUUCAAGACUGUUGGAAAAGCAUUCCUCAUGAAGCUGGUUGAGAGAAUGCCAAGAGUGUGCAAAGCUAUCAUCAAGACAAAGGGUGGAUACAUUGAAGAAUCUCAAAUAUAAAAUAUUUUGAUUUGUUUAACACUUUUUUGGUUACUACAUGAUUCCAUAUGUGUUAUUUCAUAGUUUUGAUGUCUUCACUAUUAUUCUACAAUGUAGAAAAUAGUAAAAAUAAAGAGAAACCCUUCAAUAAGUAAGUGUGUCCAAACUUUUGACUGGUACUGUAUAUAUUCCAGACUCUGACAUUUGCUCGUUCUGAUAUUUCUUGAUUUCUUUCUUUUUUUUAAAUAUUUUUUGGACUUGUGUGUAUUGUUUGUCAUUACUGCAUUAUUGGAGCUAGAAACAUAAGUAUGUCACUGCACCUGUGAUAACAUAUGACCAAUGAAAUGUUAUUUGAUUUAGUGCACUGCUUUUGACUAGGGCCCCCUUUAUGAAUAUAUUUAAAUUGAUUGAUUGACAGGUGGUGUACGAGGACGUUUUCCCUGAUAAGUUUGGCACCCUGAAGAAAAUGAUCAAAGAUCCUGCAGGAGGCCUGGUGUGGAUUUACACUGAGAAGGCUGUCUUUAGGUAUGUUUACAUUCCAUUUUAUAUUUUAGUCAUUUAACAGACACUCCUGCCCAGAGAGACUUACAAUUAGUGCAUUCAACUAAGAUCGGCAAAACAACCGCAUAUCACGGCCAUAUCACUGUCAUUGCUUGUCCAUAUAUGUAUAUGCUCUUAAAUUCCAUUCCUUACUAGAUUUGUGUGUGUUGGGUAUAUGUUGUGAAAUUGUUAGAUAUUACUUGUUAGAUAUUACUGCACUGUCGGAGCUAGAAGCACAAGCAUUUCGCUACACCCGCUAUAACAGGAGGAGCACUGCCAGAGCCCUGCAAAAUGACCUCCAGCAGGCCACAAAUGUGCAUGUGUCUGCUCAAAUGGUCAGAAACAGACUCCAUGAGGGUGAUAUGAGGGCCCGACGUCCACAGGUGGGGGUUGUGCUUACAGCCCAACACUGUGCAGGACGUUUGGCAUUUGCCAGAGAACACCAAGAUUGGCAAAUUCGCCACUGGCGCCCUGUGCUCUUCACAGAUGAAAGCAGGUUCACACUGAGCACAUGUGACAGACGUGACAGAGUCUGGAGAUGCCGUGGAGAACGUUCUGCUGCCUGCAACAUCCUCCAGCAUGACCGGUUUGGCGGUGGGUCAGUCAUGGUGUGGGGUGGCAUUUCUUUGGGGGGCCGCACAGCCCUCCAUGUGCUCGCCAGAGGUAGCCUGACUGCCAUUAGGUACCGAGAUGAGAUCCUCAGACCCCUUGUGAGACCAUAUGCUGGUGCGGUUGGCCCUGGGUUCCUCCUAAUGCAAGACAAUGCUAGACCUCAUGUGGCUGGAGUGUGUCAGCAGUUCCUGCAAGAGGAAGGCAUUGAUGCUAUGGACUGGCCCGCCCGUUCCCCAGACCUGAAUCCAAUUGAGCACAUCUGGGACAUCAUGUCUCGUUCCAUCCACCAACGCCACGUUGCACCACAGACUGUCCAGGAGUUGGCGGAUGCUUUAGUCCAGGUCUGGGAGGAGAUCCCUCAGGAGACCAUCCGCCACCUCAUCAGGAGCAUGCCCAGGCGUUGUAGGGAGGUCAUACAGGCACGUGGAGGCCACACACACUACUGAGCCUCAUUUUGACUUGUUUUAAGUUGGAUCAGCCUGUAGUGUGGUUUUCCACUUUAAUUUUGAGGGUGACUCCAAAUCCAGACCUCCAUGGGUUGAUAAAUUUGAUUUCCAUGGAUAAUUUUUGUGUGAUUUUGUUGUCAGCACAUUCAACUAUGUAAAGAAAAAAGUAUUUAAUAAGAUUAUUUCAUUCAUUCAGAUCUAGGAUGUGUUGUUUAAGUGUUUCCUUUAUUUUUUUGAGCAGUGUAUUAUAAUAAUAAUAAUAAUAAUAAAAAUAAUAUGCCAUUUAGCAGACGCUUUUAUCCAAAGCGACUUACAGUCAUGUGCGCAUACAUUUUUACGUAUGGGUGGUCCCGGGGAUCGAACCCACUACCCUGGCGUUACAAGCUCCAUGCUCUACCAAUUGAGCUACAGAGGACCACAAUACAUUCUAUUUGAUAUCACUGCCAUUGGCAGUAAAUCCUUUACAAUAGCCACUAUCUGUGGAAUCAGGAUAGAUCAGCCAUUGGCAGUUAAACCUUGUUCAGCCACUAUCUGUGGAAUCAGGCUAGAUCUGCCAUUGGCAGUUAAACCUUGUUCAGCCACUAUCUGUGGAAUCAGGCUAGAUCUGCCAUUGGCAGUUAAACCCUUGUUCAGCCACUAUCUGUGGAAUCAGACUAGAAAGAAAAGACAAGUAAGCGUGACAAGUACAACAGUAUGUUUAUUUUUUAUUUUUUUCUCUCUCAAUCCAGAUACCACAUCCAGAGAGAAGCCAGGGAUGUGUGGCAGAUGUACAUGAGUAUGAACAAGUUUGACCUGGCUAAGGAGUACUGCCGGGACCGGCCAGAGUGCAUGGACAUGGUUCUGGCUAAAGAGGCAGAGCACUGCUUCCAGAACAAACGCUACCUGGAGAGUGCUAAGUGCUACGCCCUGACCCAGAACUACUUUGAAGAGAUUGCUUUGAAGUUUAUCGAGGCAAAACAGGACGAGGCUCUGAAAGAGUUCCUGCUGAAGAAACUCAAUAAUUUAAAACAGGUAUGAUGUUUCUGUGUUUUUGUGACUAAGUUUAUAUAAUUCAAUACCAUACAACUUUGUCCAUUACAGAGAACAAUGGAAGCUUCUGCUCACUUCUCAACCCCCCCCAGAUAGUUUGUCUUUUGUGUGGUCUGUUUUCAACUGUGUAUUUUUAUCAUGUCAUAUUUGAAACCUUUUUCAUCAUGUUACCCCUGCUUGCAAAGCAACUUUUCUUCUGGGGACAAUAAAGAUUGAUUGAUUGAUUGAUUGAUUGAUUGAAACAGAGUGAGAAGACCCAGAUCACCUUACUGGUCACCUGGCUGACUGAGCUCUAUCUGAACCGCCUGGGGCUUCUAGAAUCAGAUGAUGGGAAACAUGGGGUGUUCCAGGAGACGCGUGAUGAGUUCCGGAAGUUCCUCAGUAGCUCCAAACACAAGGAGUGUCUCUAUAACAACCGUACGACCAUCUAUGACCUGCUGGCUAGCCAUGGCAACGUGGACGACAUGGUCUACUUCUCUGUCAUCAUGAAGGUAUCUUAUGAUGCUAUUUAUCCAGGCUUGGGUUCAAGUCAGAAAGGGAUCCACAUUUCAAUUCCAAAAUGUCCUCAUUGAAAAGCAUUGAAGAGAAUCGGAAUUUGAAUUUGAGUGUACUUCCUGAAUUGUCUGGAAUUGAAAUGGAAUUGACCCCAACCCUGCUAUUCAUUCAUGGGAUUGUAUUGUGGUAUUUAUAGCUGCUAUCUUUUGGUGGUCUCUAAUGGUGCGGCAUGUUUAGGACACUUUCUAUGGCUGAUGACUUUAUUUUCAGUUUUGUAAAGUAUGUAUGUUUAUGUGCUACUGUUUGACAUGACAUUUUAAUAAAGAAUCUAUAUCUAUUUAUCUCUCUAGGACUAUGAGAGGGUGAUCUCCCACCACUGUCAGCAUGAUGACUAUAGCGCCGCCCUGGAGGUGCUCUCUAAGCACUGCGACGAGAAACUCUUCUAUAAGUUCUCCCCCGUCCUCAUGCAACACAUACCUAAGAAGGUGAUGCAACGAUUUUAUCUGCUUGCAUUGAAAUGUUUUGUUGUUUAUUGUUGUCUGUGUUCAAGUACACUGCAAUUCUGUUUGAAAUGCAAUACAAUACCAUACCAUACUUGAUUGUCCAUUUUCGUAGAAAUUCAUGGCAUGUAAAGUGCCAACGUGUAUUUGUGUGAAGGGGAAUGAAUGAAUAUACCUCUAAUAAUCACAAGGUGGUAGAUGCCUGGAUCCAGAUGGGUAGCAGGCUGGAACCUAAGAAACUGAUCCCAGCCCUGGUCAACUACAGUCAGAUGGGUUCUACACAACAGAUCCACGAGACCAUCCGCUACAUGGAGUUCUGCGUCUACCAGCUCACGGUGACAGAAGAGGCCAUACACAACUAUCUGCUGUCCCUCUACGCCAAGUACAAACCUGAUAGUCUCCUGUGGUACCUGGAACAGGUAGGUUCAAGGCUGUGUCCGUCCCAAAUGGCACCCUAUCCCCUAUGUAGUACACUACUGUGGACCCAUAGAGACGCAGACCAAAUGCUAAUUAUAUUAUGUACCUUUUUUUUUUUUGUAAUGUCAUGUUUUCCCUAUAUUUGCUAUUUUAUUCUUAAUUUACUCUGUGUCCUUGGGUAUCUUGAUCAAAUAUACAUAAACACAUUAAUUGUUAAUGAAUUAUUAUGAAUAAAAAGUGAUGUUAUUGUUAUUAUUAUUGACAGGCUGGUACCCACGCGUCCGACAUCCACUAUGACUUAAAGUACACCCUGAGGCUGUGUGCGGAACAUGGCUUCCUCCAGGCCUGUGUUCUGGUCUAUAAGAUCAUGGGGCUGUAUGAGGAAGCUGUCGAUCUGGCUCUACAAGUGAGUAUCUUGGCUAGUUUUGAUUAAUGUUUACAUUGGAUAAAGUAAUCCUUCUACCCCCCCCCCCUUACUCCAACCCACCCCCCUACAAAAACAACAUCAAAAAUUAAAAUAAUGAAUAAAUAUAUAAAAAUAAAAAUUAAUAAAAAACAAAAAACAUUGUAAAGUGGUUAUCCCACUGGCCAUAAGGUGAAUGCACCUAUUUGUAAGUCGCUCUGGAUAAGAGCGUCUGCUAAAUGACUAAAAUGUAAAUGUUACAUUUACAUUUUAGUCAUUUAGCAAGACGCUCUUAUCCAGAGCGACUUACAGUUAGCAAUACAUUUUUUAAUCGAACCCACAACCCUGGCGUUGCAAACGCCAUGCUCUACCAACUGAGCUACAUCCCCUGCGGCCAUUCCCUCCCCUACCCUGGACGACGCUGGGCCAAUUGUGUGCCGCCCAUGGGUCUCCCGGUCGCGGCCGCUACGACAGAGCCUGGACUAAUAUGUAGCUAAAUGUUGAUCAUGUGAUAUUAACGGGAUGUUGUAACAGCCACACAUGCCAAGAUAGAAAGUGGAAGUGCCAAUAGUGAGCUACACGGUCAUAUAGGUUAUCUGAAAGUGCUAUUGGUCUACGUCAGUAUACACCGAGUGGACAAAACAUUAGGAACACCUUCCUAAUAUUGAGUUGCACCCCCUUUUGCCCUCAGAACAGCCUCAAUUCAUCGAGCAACAGACUCUACAAGGUGUCGAAGGCGUUCCACAGGGAUGCUGGCCCAUGUUGACUCCAAGCUUCCCACAGUUGUCGUCUCCGAGUGCGCAGUGGUUAAGCAUGUGUGCACAGAUCGGUUCGAAUGGCCUGGACGUCCUUGCCCAGGUGGGUAGGGGAGGGAAUGGCGGCAGGGAUGUAGCUCUUGAUAGCAUGCGUUGCACAGGGUGGGUAAUCCCACGGGGGGCCAUAUAAAAAAAUAUGUAUCACUACUUGAAGUCGCUUGGAUAAAGCAUCUGCUAAACCAGUGGCUGGACGCCUUUGGUGUGCACCAUACUACCAUACCGGGAAACUGUUCAAAGGCACUACUCAUACCCUGUUCAAAUAUCUGUCUGCCCAUUCACCCUCUGAAUGGCACACACACACGAUCCAUGUCUCAAUUGUCUCAAGGCUUUAAAAUCCUUCUUUAGAGGGCCUCCUGAGAGGCGUCACUACAGACCCGGGUUCGAUCCCGAGCUGUAUCACUUAGGGCGGCGCACAAUUGGCCCAACGUGGUCCGGGUUAGGGUAGGGUUUGACCGGGGGGGGGGGGGGGGGGGGGGGGGGGCUUUACUUGGCUCAUCAUGCUCUAGAGACUCCUUGUGGCGGGCCGGACACAUUGGUGCGGCUGGCUUCCGGGUUAAGUGGGCGGGUGUUAAGAAGCGUGGUUUGGCAAGUCAUGUUUCGGAAGACGCAUGACUCGACCUUCGCCUCCCGAGCCCGUUGGGGAGUUGCAGCGAUGAGACAAGAUUGAAAUUGGGGAGAAAAAGGGGGUAAAAUACAUCCUUUAACCGUCUCCUCCCCUUCAUCUACACUGAUUUGAAGUGGAUUUAACAAGUGACAUCAAUAAGGGAUCAUAUUCCUAAUGUAAUUGCCACCUUUAGCUGCAAUGACUCCAACCAAACACUUCCUGUAGUUGUUGAUCAGUCCCUCACGUCGCUGUGGAGGAAUUUAGGCCCUCUCUUCCAUGCAGAACUGCUUUAACUCGGCGACAUUUGUGGGUUUUCGAGCAUGAACUGCUCGUUUAAAGUCCUGCCUCAUGUCGUCCAAUUAUUAUUUUAUUUUUUUUUUCUAAACUCAGGUUCCCUUUAUCUAAUAUUAGGUUUUGGUUGAAGAUAUGAUAACAUUCAGUAUAAAAAAAUAUGCAAAAAUAGAGAAAAUCAGAAAGGUGGCAAAUACUUUUUCACAGCACUGUGUUAAAACAGGAUCUGAAAGUGGUAUUAGUCUACAUGAGUAAAUGUUAAAACAGGAUCUGAAAGUGGUAUUAGUCUACAUCAGUAAAUGUUAAAACAGGAUCUGAAAGUGCAUCUAUCAAGCGUGCAUGUUGUUAUUUUGGCUACGCACAGCACUGGGGGGGGGGAGCUUUCCUAAACCAGCUGGUGUGUAACUCUUCUCCUGUGCUGUUGAGAUGCAAGAUACAUUUCCCGAAAGGGACACAAUAAUGAAUUAUUAUUAUUAUUAUUAUUAUUAUUAUUAUUAUUAUUCCAGGUGGAUGUGGACCUGGCCAAGUCGUGUGCUGACCUGCCUGAGGAUGACGAGGAGUUGAGGAAGAAGUUGUGGCUGAAGAUCGCCCGUCACGUGGUGCAGGAGGAGAAGGAUGUGAAGAAGGCCAUGAACUGUCUGUCCAGCUGUAACCUGCUGAAGAUAGAAGACAUACUGCCUUUCUUCCCAGACUUCGUCACCAUAGACCACUUCAAGGUUUACCCUGUUAAAGAUAAUACAUUGGAUUUAUAUAGCAUUUUUCUUAAGCCCAAAGACACUUCUACACACAAUUUUUACAUUUUAGUCAUUUAGCAGACACUCUUAUCCAGAGCGAUAUACAGUUAGUGAGUGCAUACAUUUUUCAUACUGGCCCCCCCCAUGGGAAUCGAACACACAACCCUGGCGUUGCAAGCGCCAUGCUCUACCAACUGAACUACUGGGGACUAAGUACAUAGAGAAGUAAUCAGACCUUUGUCUUUUAUACUAUGUAGGUUAUAUUCUACAAAGUUCAGUGUUUGAGGUGCGCUUCAUUUACCUUGGAUCUUGUACUUUUGUGACUAUUCCAUUGGUUUCGUUGUACCAGGCAAAUCCAAACAUAUCGCAAGCAUAUGUGUAUAUAUUGUGUGUAUGACGUGUUGGAACCAAAUUAAUUUCCCCAUGUAGGAUAAUGAAGUUGACAAAAACGAUAUCCCUCCCUCCCUCCCUCCCUCCCUCCCUCUCUCCCUCCCUCCCCCCCUCCCUCCCUCCCUCCCCCCUCCCUCCCUCCCUCCCUCCCUCCCCCCCUCCCUCCCUCCCUCCCUCCCUCCCUCCCCCCUGCAGGAGGCGAUCUGCAGCUCUUUAGAGGAGUACAACCAGCACAUAGACGAGCUGAAGCAGGAGAUGGAGGAGGCGACGGAGAGCGCCAAGCGGAUCAGAGAGGACAUCCAGGAGAUGAGGAACAAGUACGGGGUGGUGGAGAGCCAGGAGAAAUGCGCUGCCUGCGACUUCCCCCUCCUCAACAGACCCUUCUACCUGUUCCUGUGUGGUCACAUGUUCCACUACGACUGCCUCUUCCUGGAGGUCAGUGUGCAAACCGUUUUUAUUUGACCCUUGAAGCUAUUUCAAGAACGGUUGUCUAACGAUAUAUACCAGGAGGUCAUACCAGUAGGUCAGUAGCACACCAUUUUUACCUUGACCUUUGACCCUAUUUCAUGAAGAGUUGGCUAACAAUGUAACAAUGCAAACAGAGACAUCGGGUCAUUACUACAUACAUUUGUUAAUGAUGUACACUACAUACAGAAGGAAAAUAGCUUGGAGGGGUAUAUCCCAAAAACAUUAUCAUAAGAACCAGAUAUGUCUCAUUAUAAUCACAACUAAUAUGUCAUUUCUUUCAGGAGAUUCAAUAGUUCAAUAACCUAUUUAUUAUUCACUACCAUAUAUGGACCUCACAUACUGUAACGGUGUAUCUUUCCUCAGGUGAGCCCUCACCUGUCCACUUACAAGCAGACUAAACUAGGUGAGCUGCAGAAGAAGCUGGCCGCAGCCACUCAGGCCUCCAAGUCUCGCCACCGCCCCUCCCCCAAGGAGAAGGAGAAGGAGGAGGGGAACGACACUGCCAGCCUGGGCAAAGGAAGCGCCGGGGUCAGCCGCGAGCAGAUCAAGUCUGACAUCGAUGACAUCAUCGCGUGUGAAUGUGUGUACUGCGGCGAGCUGAUGAUCAAGUCGAUCGACAAGCCGUUUAUUGAUCCACAGAAGUUAGAGGAGGAGAAGUCCAGCUGGCUCUGAGUGAAAUGGUUGGCAGCUUGGCACUGAAACUGGAUGGGUCUGAAAUGGCAGAUUUGAGGUGGCUCGCUGAAAUGAACUAGGUCUGAAAUGGACUGCCUGAUAUGAGCGGGGAAAAUUAGACUGAAAAAGGUCUGAAAUUAGUGAAAUGGGCUUUAGCUGUCUGAACCUAUGAGAGCUGAAAUAGAUUUGUCUAUUUUCAGAAAUAGCUGAAAUGAUGACUGAAAUGUGCAGCAUGUGUUGUCUGAAAUGGAAACGACCAGUGUGUAGAUUGCUGUGUGUGUACUAUAGGCCAGGAAACAGCUGUUAUUCUCUGUGAUAAUGGGACGUAUCGCCACAGCUGCACAGUGCCUGGUGAUGGGUACUCACAGGAGUGGGGAAGAAUGCAGGCGCUCCUAUAUAAGCUCUUCUCCCCUAAUCGUAACAUGAUAUAUUCUACAGUCUCUCUCUCUCUCAUUUCUCU